AUGAAUUCCAAAUCAAUUUUAUUGCUUUGCAUGUUGGUCUUACCAAUUCUUUGCAAUAGCUUCUUGAGUCAUGAAAGAAGACACCAUCACACCAACUACCACGGUGCCAGUAAAAAUUUCAAAAAAAUUGCUUACGUCAAUGGUAUUUCCAACUGGUAUGGACCAGGCAUUUUGGAUUCCUUCGGUAUUAAUAGUCCCUGCUACGAUAUCAUUAUUUUAUGCUUCUGGAUGCCAAGUUACGUUUCUGAUGCUCUUGGCAUAUGGUAAAAUAUUCACUCCAACAUUGGUUCUAAUGAUUUCGGUAGCACAAACGCUGAAGUUCAAAAGUAUAUUUUGGAUUAAUUCCACAAGAACGGCAAAUAACUCUUUAUUAGUGCCUUCGGUGCAACUGGAAAUCCCUCUGGCGAUCCCGUUUAAGUUGCUGAAUAAUUAGCUGAAUUUAUUAAUUAAAAUCCUUACAUUGAUGGUGUUGAUAUUGAUUACGAAGAUAACGAUGCUGUCAUGAAAGGACCUGGUGCUGAUUAUAUUAUCGCCUUCCAAAAGGCUUUGAGUGAAAAAGUCCACAAUAAGAAUAUCAUCUUCACUCAUGCUCCCUAAGCUCCUUAUUUCUCUCGUACUGUUUACAAGGAUAAGGGUUAUUACUAAGUUGAAAAGGAAAUCGGUCACCUCAUUGCAUGGUACAACGUUUAAUUCUACAAUUAAGUUGAAGACACUUAUGACACCUACGAAACUCUUUUCAUUGAAUCUCCUGAACCCUUCGUUGAAACUGCCUACAAGCAAAUUAUUGAUCUCGCUGGUGUUCCUCUUCAUAAGCUUGUUCUUGGUAAGCCAGCUACCCCCGCUGACGCCAGCAAUACUGGUUACAUUAAUCCCACUUCCCUUGGUAAAAUUUGCACUGAAGCUAGAGAAAAGCUUGGAUAUGAACUUCCAGGUUUCUUCAUUUGGUAAUACAAAAAUGAUGCCAAGUGUGAAUUUGCUGACGCUUUCUUGAAAAGUUACUUCCCUGCUGUUUAUUGA